AUGACUGAUUCGAGUGCGGGCGGUUCAAGUGAAGCUUAUAAACAAUUUCGGUUUGAUAAGUUUGAGCCGGAAACAGAAAAAUGGGACUACUAUCUGCAGCGUUUCGAACUUGAGUUGGAGAUGCACGGAUUGAUGACCGUAGACACGGCGAAUUUGCUACGUAACUUGUUAUUAUCAAAAGUGGGACCAUACGUGUUUAAGAUUUUAGCGGACCAUUUUAAACCGAUAAAGUUGACAGCUAAAUCCUAUAAAGAACUAAUUGACGUGCUAAAUCGUUUCUAUGGGAAAAAGGUAUAUGUGUUCGCUGAAAGAGUAAAUUUCGCGGGUUCUUUUCGUAAAGAAAAUGAAGCGAUAACUGACUAUGUAAAUCGUUUACGUGCGUCGGCGGGAGAUUGUGGUUUUGGUGAUGGUUUGGAUGGAAGAAUGCGUGAUCAAUUGAUUUUCGGGAUUAACAAUCGCGGUUGGCAAGAAAAAAUAAUUCAAAAACAUCCGUCGAUCGAUACAACGCUCGAAGACGUCGAGGCGACGGCCGUUAUUUUAGAACAGGCGUCCAUCCAGGCGGGACAAUUAACGUUUCUACAACCAGAUGCUCAUGUAAAUCGAGUGUCUAGACACAGUGCGGUGCCGAAAGUAAAUAAGACGUUCAAAUUUCCAAAGGCCGAUAAUCAAAACUUUAGCUCUAAUGAACAAAAAACUGUUGUGCGCGAAUUAUACGCAAACGAGGAUUGUUUAUUUUGUGGCGGCUCCAGACAUCGAAGAAAGAGUUGUCCAGCGUUCGGGAAAACGUGCAGUGGAUGCGGCGAAAACAAUCAUUUUUAUCGUGUUUGUGUUAUAUCUGGAAACGCGAUUAUUAAACAAACAGCCAAUAUGACAAAUCAAAACAAACAGAAACGUUCUACACGUUGCGUGCGAGAAGAACAAGAUGAAGAUGAUAAUAUAUCAGAAGCUGAGGGGGUUAGUGAAUCGGACACAGACAAUGAAGUUGCCAUCCGAAACGUUCGUAAAGUUGGGGGCUCUAGUAGAGUGAUGCUAUCAACUGUUAUAAACGGAAGAGAUUUGGACAUGCUAUUUGACCCGGGUUCCGUACACGCGGUUGUGGGCAAAACUGUGUGGAGACAAAUCGGGAAACCAAAAUUAACAGAAUGUGCUGAUCUUAUAGCUUAUGGUGACAAACCAAUCAGGACUCUUGGUAAGACGUCGGUUGAUGUGAGCGCUUUCAAGAAAACGCUUAAUUUACAAAUUUAUGUGACAAAAGAAAACGACAUUCCCUUGUUUGGGUUGGAUUGGUGCUUGGCCUUUAACGUACCCUUACCAACCGGUGCUAAAAUUCUACAUGUAAAGUCGGAUGACGUGAGAGAAAAGAAUCUGAUGGGGGAGGAAGAAGUGUCGGAAAACAACACUGUUAACAAGCUGCUGGAGGAGUUUGGUCACGUGUUCGAAGAGUCCUUAGGUACUAUUAGGGGCCACUACGCCAAGAUUCAUAUCCAGGACAACAUUACACCCAAGAGAUUUCGUCCUAGGAAUGUGCCAUUAGCAUUGCAGGAUCAAGUUGCAGCAGAGCUGCAGAGAUUGGUGAAGGAGGGGGUCCUCGAGCCGGUGGAUACCACAAACCAAUCUAUUUCAUGGGCAUCCCCGAUUGUUGUCGUUAUGAAGUCGAAUGGCAAGGUGAGACUGUGUGCAGAUUUUAAAGUAACCAUAAAUCGUUUCGUACAAAUGGAUGAUUACCCCUUACCUCGUUUUGAGGAUAUUACAGCCAAAUUGUCAGGUGGUAAAUACUUUUCUAAGAUUGAUUUAAAGGAUGCAUAUCUUCAGAUGGAGGUUCAUCCGGAGUCACGAAAAUAUUUGGUCGUGGCCACACAUAAGGGAUAUUUUGCUUACAAGCGGUUGCCGUUUGGCAUCAGUUUUGCGCCGGCCCUUUUUCAACGAACCAUGGACCAGAUUCUUUCUGGGAUUGAUGGCGUUGUUUGCUAUUUGGACGACAUUCUCAUAACUGCCCCGAAUAUGAUGUUACAUUUGCGAAGAUUGAGAGAAGUUUUGCGUCGACUGCAGGCUGCUGGUAUCAGAACACAAAGGUCAAAAUGUGACUGGUUGAUGAAUGGUGUCACAUACUUAGGCCACAGAAUUGAUGAUAAAGGCUUGCACCCCACUGAAAAUCAUGUGGAAGCAAUAAGAAACAUGCCAAUUCCUCAAAAUACAACACAAUUACGUUCCUUUUUGGGAGCUAUAACCUACUAUGGUAGAUUUAUUGAGAACCUUCAUGUGAAAUGUGUUCCGUUGCAUCGUUUAUUAAAGAAGAAUGCAAAAUGGGAAUGGACAGAAGAGGACACACAUGUAUUCCAUGAGUUGAAACGAAGCUUGACAUCGAGCGAAACCUUAGUCCAUUACGAUCCGGACAAACCGUUGGUAGUUUCCAGCGAUGCCAGUGGAGUUGGUGCAGGGGCGGUUCUAUCUCAUGGAUUUCCUGAUGGCACUCUGAAGCCCGUGGCGUUUGCUUCGCGUUCGUUCAGUGAUGUAGAAAGCCGAUACUCAACUAUUGAUAAGGAAGCGUUGGGUUUGGUUUAUGCCGUGACUAAAUUUCACCAGUAUCUAUACGGCAGGCGAUUUACCCUGAUUACAGAUCAUAAACCUUUGGAGCGAAUUUUUGGUGAGGAUCGCCAGACUCCGAAAAUUGCAAGUAACCGGUUGUUGCGUUGGGCCAUGACACUAAAUAGUUAUGAUUUUGAGAUCAUCUAUCGACCAGGGAAAGAAAAUGGUCCUGCAGAUUCGUUGUCCCGACUUCCUUUGCCUGUAUCUGUGGACUCGUGUAACGUGCCACUUCACUCGCGGUUAUUGCAUUUGCGAGUGGGGAAAUUACCUGUAAGAAGACAAGAGUUAAAGAAAGAGACUGAACGUGAUGCUGUGAUGUCAAAUGUUAUUAGAUGUUUGCGGUCAUAUUGGCCUAACAAAAAGGAUGUGCCUUUAGAUUUGCUUCCUUUCUACGAAAAGCGGGAUGAGCUCUCGUUCGAAGAGGGAGUGUUGCUCUGGAAUGGUCGUGUGUGCGUUCCAACCUUAUUGCGUGAGAGAGUUCUGGGCAUGUUACAUGAUGGUCAUCCUGGAACAUCUGCAAUGUUAUCUCUGGCAAGGCUCCAUGUCUAUUGGCCUAAACUUGAUGUUGAUAUUAACUACGAAGUAGAUAAAUGCCUUUCCUGUCAAGAAUCGAGGAAAAACGGUCACAGUUCUUCACUUCCCCCUUGGGGUGUGUCAUCCGAGCCUUGGUCUCGACUCCAUUUAGAUUUUGCGGGACCUUUCGAGGGUAAAAUGUGGUUGGUACUUGUGGACUCCUAUUCUCGUUGGCUGGAGAUAGUUCCAAUGAAGACGGUGACGUCCAUUAAGACUAUAGAGGUGUUGCGCUCGAUUUUCGCUCGUUUUGGUUUGCCGAAGUUUUUGGUGACUGAUAACGGUCCUCAGCUUGUUUCGAGUGAGUUUGAGGAGUUUUGUAAUAUGAAUGGAAUAACGCAUGUGAGGGUUACCCCGUACCAUCCGAAAUCUAAUGGGUUGGCGGAGCGAGCGGUUCGUACAUUUAAGGAGCGUAUGCGGGCCAGUAGUCAGACAUUAACCCAAAAUGUGAGACUGCAGAGUUUCCUCUUUUCAUAUAGAAAUACAGAAAGACGUUCAACGAAAAGAACGCCGAGUCAAUUGAUGUUUGGACGUCAUUUGCGUUCCCGUUUUGACCUAUUGAAGCCUGAUAUUACUAAAAAUAUGGAGAUGGAGCAGAUGACACAAAAGCGAAAUCACGACCGGGGAGCUAUUGGCCAAAAUUUCGAAAAAGGGGAGGCAGUAUGGGUUAAUAAUCCUCUAGAUAAGGGUUGUAAACCGGGCGUGGUUGAGGAGCAGACGGGACCGUUGUCGUAUGUUGUUAACAUGGACGGCGUUACACGAAGGAAGCAUUGUGAGCAGUUACGGAGACGAAUGGAGGUCGAUUGCCCUGCGGAGAUCGAAAAACCGAUCAUGAACUUACCGCAUGUGACUGAGGGUCUUCUGUCGGAUGAUUUGGUGGAUAUGAAUCAGGACAUCGAAAAGACGCAUGAACUACCGGGAUUACUGAACGCGUUUGAGCGGGGUUCGGAGAUUAUCAGGAGUGAUCAGCCUGCUGAGGGAUCAGCCCCCGUUACACCGAGACGAAACCCAGCGAGAAACCGAAGAUUACCGGAACGGUAUAGACUUUAA